AUGGAGCUCAGCACCUACAAGCCGGAUGCUGACCUCGAAGUUGUCGAGCGAGGAUCCAAUCAGAGCGAAAAGCCUGGAGUGAAUCUCCCUAACGCGCGCCCUGGAGGACGAUCGGCAAAUCAGCUCGAGCGAUACAUAAAUCUUUCAGCUGUGAUUAAUUUCGCGGUUAUCAUUCUCGCUUCGUGGGAGUCGUUUGCGGUGACCUUCCAAUUCGCCUUGACCAACGGUGGGCCAGCUUCCAUCUUUUAUGGCAGUAUCUUGGCAGGCGUUGGCGCUUGUGCCGUUGGCUUCUCGCUGGCAGAGCUGGCUUCGAUAGAUCCGACCGUAGGUGCUCAAUACCGCUGGUCAGCCAAUCUCGCUCCUGCUGCUCCUCGUUUCUGGGGCUUACUACAAGGAUGGAUCACUGUCGGCGCCUGGUGCUUCGCUUGUGCCGGACCACCUUCCAUCCUUGCCAACAUGAUCACCUCGUUAGCAAUCUUCAACAACGAAAACUACGUUCCUGAGCGAUUGCACACCAGUCUCAUCAUGAUCGCGAUCAUGGUUGUUCCCUUCACGUUCAACCUUUGGUUUCGUAAGCUCCUCGACGCAUUCGAGAUUACGGGUGGCAUACUCCACAUCUGUCUUUUCGUCGUGGUAAUUGUUGUCUUCGUUGUGUUUGGACCGCGCAGCGACCCUGACUUCGUUUUCAAAACACUCACAUGGGAAGAGUCCGGUUGGAAUAACAAGGGCGUAUCCUGGGGACUGGGCCUUCUGAGCAUGACGUUCUCCGUCACUGGAGCAGACAGUGUUCUGCACAUGUGCGACGAAGUGAGGAAGGUACGCACGCGCGUACCGCGCAGUAUAAUCAUUACCUGUGUCGCGAACUCGAUAAUGCUUGUCAUCUUUGCGACCAUCCUCCUCUUCUACAUGGGCCCUCUCGACGAUGUCGUCGCUACGCCGCUUCCACUUUUGUGGGUCAUCUACAACAUUACAGGUUCCUCAGUGGCAGCCAAUGUUCUCACCGCGCUCAUAGCGGUGAUUUUCUUCUUUGCACUUUUUAACAUAUUUGCUUCAGUCUCGAGGCUAGUGUGGGUGUUUGCGCGCGAUAACGGCUUGCCCUUCUCUAACUUCUUCUCAUACGUGCAUCCCACUCUCAAACUCCCACUUAAUGCCCUACUCCUCGUUGGAACUAUUGUAACAUGUCUCUCCUUGAUAUACAUCGCCAGCGCAACCGCCUUCAAUGCGCUCAUCUCACUCCAAGCAUUCGCCCUGCACAUAUCGUACUUCUUCCCAAUCCUCUUUAUACUCUUACGCAAAAUACGAGGCCCACCACCUCCAUACGGACCAUUCAAGAUGGGUCCUAUCGGCCUACCCAUCAACAUGUUUGCGCUAUGCUACCUGAUCUUUGUUGUACUUUGGAUGCCGUUUCCACAGGUCUUGCCAGUAACAGGAGAUAACAUGAACUAUGCGGGGCCAAUCUUCGGUGCUGUCGUGCUUGGAGCCCUCGCUCAUUGGUUCAUUAGCGGGCACAGGACGUUUCAAAUGCCUGUCAUCCGAUAUGAGUAG